GCGAGCGCCCACCCUGGUGCCGAGGACUGCCGGGAGGGAGGUGAAUCUCGGGCCGGCCUGGGGGCGGUCCCUGGUGUGUGCUCUUGGGGCGUUCAGUCCUUGCAGCUCUUCACCGAGUCCCGCUCUCCUUCACCCGCGCCCCGCCCAGACUCGAGGAAGCCGCCGGGACGCGUCCGGGCCGACAGGGCGGUUUCCGAGAGGCGGAGCUCAGUCGCCCAUUUCCUUUCUCCGUCGGCUAGAACCCGGACGGCGGCAGCACCCUCUGGCUUCGGACCAUCCUGCGCCAGGCCCAGCGCUGCGCGUGGCCCCAGCGGCAGCAUGGGCGGCGCCCGGGAUGUGGGCUGGGUGGCGGCGGGCCUGGUCCUAGCGGCCGGCGCCUGCUACUGCUUCUACAGGCUGACGCGGGGCCGGCGGCGAGGCGUCCCCGGGCUACGGCUGCGCCCCUCGCGGUCUGCAGAAGACUUAACCAAUGGCUCAUAUGAUGAUAUCCUAAAUGCUGAACAACUUCAGAAACUCCUUUACCUGCUUGAGUCUACUGAGGAUCCUGUCAUUAUCGAAAGAGCUUUGGUCACUCUGGGUAACAAUGCAGCCUUUUCAGUCAACCAAGUCACGAUUCGUGAAUUGGGUGGUAUUCCAAUCAUUGGAAGCAAAAUCAACAAUCCCAACCAGAGUAUUAAAGAGAAAGCUUUAAAUGCACUGAAUAACCUGAGUGUGAAUGUUGAAAAUCAAAUAAAGAUAAAGGUGUACGUCAGUCAAGUCUCUGAGGAUGUCUUCUCCGGCCCCCUGAACUCCGCUGUGCAGCUGGCCGGACUGAGGUUGUUAACAAACAUGACAGUGACCAAUGACCACCAGCACAUGCUUAGCAGUUACAUUACAGACCUGUUCCACUUGUUGCUCACGGGAAACGGAAGCACCAAGGUUCAAGUUUUAAAACUGCUUUUGAAUUUGUCGGAAAAUCCAGCCAUGACAGAUGGACUCCUUGGUGCCAAAGUGGAUUCAUCAUUCCUUUCCCUUUAUGAUGGCCAUGUAGCAAAGGAGAUUCUUCUUCGAGUUCUCACACUGUUUCAGAAUAUAACUACCUGCCUCGAAAAGGAAGGCCGUUUAGCUAUUCAGCCAACUUUCACUGAAGGUUCACUGUUUUACCUGUUAUAUGGAGAAGAAUGUGCCCAGAAAAUGAGAGCUUUAGUUUAUCACCAUGAUGCAGAUGUGAAGGAAAAGGUAACAAUGAUACCAAAAUUCUAACUGGUUGGUCAUAUUUUUCCAAAGAGUAAUGCAGUCUAGAAAUAAUACACAUAAACUUCUCAUUUUUCACCUUCCUUACAAAGGGAUUCUUUCAACUGCUGAAUUUAAACAAACAGUAAUAUCACCUUCCAUCAUUUACACAGCUACAACUUGCCCUGGUCUCGGACCAUUUUAUUGAUACCAAAAUAAGAGCUUGUUCUGAAACCAUUUUGUUUUUAUUUUGCUUUUUGCUAAGCUACUUCAGUUAUCCUCUACAGGGAGUGACAGUGACCUUUUUAUGUGUAAGCUACCCUUCCACUGUUGGCAGUGAUUUGCAGUUAUGCAUCUGGGACAGCAGCAGUAUGUUUCAUAAGCGCCCUAGGAAGGACCCGAGAUUGAUCCCAUACUCCCAAGGCCACCUGCCAUUCAGGUCUGUUCUAAUCAUUAGAAUCUAUUCUAGUCUAUGUAAACUGUUAGAAAUGUUUCCGAGUACUCACCCACUCCCAUUCAGUUUGAUGUGUAUAACAUACUGGGUUCAGUCAAAAUCCAUGCUGGGAUCAACCAAAAUCCAUGCAAAGGCAAUUGGUUAAAUCAGUUAUAUAGUCUUUAAAGAGAAUGAAGCAAGUCUGAAUGUGCUGAUGUGGAAAGACAUCCAUGAAAUAUGGUUGUUUUUCAAAAUACAUGUUGUAGAAAAAUAUGACCCCAUUUGUGGUUUUCUUAAAUCAAAAAAUUUAUGCUUAUAUAUGGACAGA